AUGCAAUUCAUGAAAGCCAAAUAUCGCAAAUUACUGGUACAAAAUCAUAGUCAUAUUGUAGAAACUGUUCAAGAUAAUUUUGAAGAAGAAUCAUCACAACUGGAACAUCUAAUUGACAAAUUACCAUUUGACGAUCCUAUUAUGGCAAUUGAUUAUAUUACGAUUGACAAUGAAGUGGUUGAAGAAGAAACAGUAAUGGAAGAUGAAGAAAUCAUAGCUACAGUCACAUUGACAUCUAACAAUGUUGGCUCUUUAAAAGAGAAUUUACAUUUUGGUGACUUUUCUCAAAAUUGGUGGGAAACUAGACAAAGCAAUAAUUCAAAUGAUAUUGACAAUAUUUCUAUUUUAUAUCCUAUUCGUAUUGGCAUGGAAACAAUGGUUAUUCUUAAUGAGACACAAUUUUUUAUUACUGUAGUUCAAGGCUGUGAAGGCUCAUUAUACCAACCUGGAUAUAUAUGUGAAGUUAAUGGUAAAAAAAGUGAAGUUUUUAGUAAUUCUUCAGCUGCUAUAACUAACACUUAUCAGGAACUUUUUAGCAGUAAAUCAAAAUUUUCUGGUCCUCUUAUAAUGGGACAUAAUAAAUCAAAAAUUAAUGAACAAAUUCUUGCAGACAUAACUUUCUAUCCAUUUAAUUGUAUGUUUUCAAACAUAAAAUUAUUUGUAUAUGGAAUAGGUGCAUUUACAAAGGAUCAUCUAGAUAAUACAGGUCCAGGUUUCAAAUCAUCUUUUGUUUAUUUGAUUGGAGCCAAAAAAAUAAAAACUUUAUUUGUUCAAGAAAUUAAUGAGAAGAACUCCAGUGUAAAAAUGUAUCAAAAUUAUAAUUUGGUGUUCACAUAUAUUGGUAAUAGUCCUAAUAAUGUAUGGGAGAAAGUUGGCAUACUUUCACAGCAUAAAGGAAUAGAUUUAUUUGGUAUAACAAGCCCUCAAGUUCAAUCUUAUAUUCAAAAAUUUCGUGUACCUAAAUGUCUGCCUGAGGAAUGA